AUGUUGGAUACCAUAGUUAAAUUCCAGAGAGCAUUUGAAUUAUUGGAAAUAGAAGAUAGUAAGUACAGAGAUGAGCUUUCUAAUGGGGACAGGUCAAAGGGUUUGCCUACGUUUAGUGAUUGGGAAUAUGCCCGAUACUUGUUACCGUUUCUGAAAAUUUUCUAUGAUGCUACCAUAAUUGUGUUCGGAUCUUUUUAUGUAACUGGUAAUGAGUACAUGCGACAGAUAUAUAGCACUGGGAUGAAGAUUUCAGAAUGGUCUCACAGUCAUGAUCUUAGCUUAAGUUCUAUGGCCGUAAGGAUGAAGGGAAAAUUUGACAAAUAUUGUUCAAAUGUUGAUAAUAUCAACAUAAUGUUAUUCAUUGCGGUUGUUUUAGACCCUAGGGACAAGUUAGAAUGUGUUGACUGGGUGAUUGAUGAGUUUUAUGAUGUUUUUACUGCUGAUAAGUUAAAGAAAAAAGUGAUGGAAAUUUUGUUGUCUUUAUUUAACCAUUACAAUUUGUGUAAGGUGGCUGGGGCUCUUACUACGCAGUCAAGUCAGCAAUCUUCAGGUGCAACUGCAGUUGAUCAUGGUGAUGCUGAUAUUGAUCCUCAAGAAUGCAUGAGGGUUAAGUUUAAAAAGAGAAAGAUUGAAAGCCAAGCUAAUAAGUCUAAAUCAGAGUUGGAUAAGUAUUUAGCUGAUGACGUUGAAAAUGACAAUGACAAGACAUUUGAUCUCUUGAAAUGGUGGAAGAUGAAUUCAACAAAAUAUCCAGUUCUCUCUUUGAUAGCACGAGAUGUAUUGGCUAUGCCCAUUUCAACUAUUGCAUCUGAGUCGGCUUUUAGUACGGGGGGUCGUGUAUUUGAUCAAUUUCGUAGCUCCCUUACUCGAAAAUGGUGGAAGCUCUUAUCUACACACAAGAUUGGAUUCGGACUACGCGUUCACCAUUAG